CUUUUUCGGAAAUUCAUGUUAUUGAAACUUCCAAGUCCAGAAACUUCGGAACCAGUGGGGAGAUGUGAGAGAGAGCAACAGCGACAACAACAGAAAAUGCUAUUACGAAGCCACCUUCCUCUUCUUCUUCCUCUCUCUCAUCGUCUUCGUCAUCACUCUCUCUCACCUCCCAUUCGCCAUCGCAAUUUUCUCUCUCAUCGUCUCCUACCUCCCUUGCUCCGAUCUCCUCCACCCCCCUUUUCGAUUUCCAUGUCCUCCUUAACAACCCCCAACUCAAACCCCAACAACAAAACCGUUAGGGUUGUGGUGAAGGGGAGAGUGCAAGGGGUAUUCUAUAGGAACUGGACGGUGGACAAUGCGGUGGAAUUGGGUUUGAGAGGUUGGGUUCGGAAUCGGAGAGAUGGGUCUGUAGAGGCAUUGUUCUCUGGGAGUCAUGAGAAGGUCCAGGAGAUGGAGCAGCGGUGUCGCCGCGGCCCACCGUCAGCGAUGGUCACCGGUCUUGAGGUUUCCCCUUCCGGCGAUGAUCCUGGCUCUGGAUUCGAACGCAGACAAACUGUUUGAUAAAAUGAUUGUUCAACUAUCGGAGGCAAAAGUGAUAUUAGUAUAUACUUAUAUGGCAUUUUGUCCAUCUCUUUGCCUGAUAUUGGUUAAUAAUCUGAUUCGCUAUGUAAAUUUUCAUCACAAGUACUUGACUAUAUGUGCUUGAUGUUUGCACACGCUCAAGAUUUCUUGCAUCAAAUAUUUUUUUUGCUCUGUAAUAAUCAUUUCAAGCCAUAUACAAUCCUUAUCCAUAAUCA